AUGAUGCUGCCGCAAGUCCACCCGACCUGUGAUGACACUGGCCGUGAGUCUGGGAAACAGGAAAGCGAUGAAUUCACAUACAUCGUGCUGCCGAUCAGGGAGUUGGCGAGCGCUCAGGCUCCCAACUUUGUUGCCCCGCAGCGCCUCAGGAAGCAUGUGGAGAUGACAUCCUGGGUGCACCCAGUUGCCAUAGACCAUCUGGGCCAGCUGACGCGACAGGUGCCCUCGUUGGGAGGUUUCUCGCUUCAUGGACAUGCCGAUGAGACCCGUGACCGAGCAAUUGAUGAGAGACGUCAAUGCUUCGUGUGUCUCCGUGGCUUCCUGUCCUCGCAAGCUUAUCUCGAGUUUGAACGCCGCUGUGCUGGCGCCCUGGAUUUCCAGCUUUUGCAGAGUUUGCGUGCUGUGGAAGGCCUGUACGAUCUCGCCCUUCAUAUUGGAGUGGAUCAGAUUGAGCUGCUUCACCACUGCGUCGUGCUGGCACGCAGGCUUUUUCUCGUCCAGGCUGCCGACACCACCACGGUCUUCGUCGUGGCUCCGACAGGCCUCGCCGCGAUGCCAAUCGGACGACCGGCGAUGCAUCGCCAGGUGGGCUGUGCUAACAAGAAGCACAUGGAUAGCUUAUGA